UGUGUUUUGUCACGUGACCACGCCAUCCACGAACAUGGCAGCCAGCGGUGUGGGUGCAGAAAACUCUGUAAGAAAAAGACGCGUGGACGGCAGGAGGACAGAGACAGACUCAGUCUCCUCCAGCAGCACAGAUAAUGGAUCAAACUCCAGCAGAGACACAGAGAAAGAAAAGGAGCUUUUGUCUUUACAGCCUGGGACUUACUGGCUCACGCGCAUUGUGCUGCUGCGCGCUGUUGCCUUUAUUUACUUUGUGGCCUUCAGUGUUGCUUUCAGCCAGAACAAACAGCUGAUAGGAGAGAAUGGCCUAAUGCCCUGUAAGAACUACCUGAACAGUGUGAAACGUUAUGUGGGAGGGAAGAUCGGCAUGGCCGCAUUGGCAUACACCCCGUCCAUCCUCUGGUUCUUGGACUGGAGCCACAUGGAUGCCAACCUGGAUGGCAUCGCCUUGGCGGGGUUGACAUUAUCUGGGUUUGUCCUGUUGACGGGAAUGGCCAAUAUUGUGAUCAUGGUCACGCUGUGGGUGCUUUACCACUCCCUGGUCAACGUUGGGCAGCUCUGGUACUCCUUUGGUUGGGAGAGUCAGCUGUUGGAGACAGGCUUCCUGGCUAUUUUCUUGUGUCCAAUGUGGACUCUGUCCCAGGUACCCCGCCGCUGCCCCCCCUCCCUGAUUUGCAUUUGGACCUUCAGAUGGCUCAUCGUUCGCAUCAUGCUGGGCGCUGGUCUAAUAAAAAUCAGAGGUGACAAAUGCUGGACAGACCUCACAUGCAUGGACUACCACUAUGAGACCCAACCAGUUCCCAACCCCAUGUCAUACUACAUGCAUCGCUCUCCGUGGUGGUUCCACCGCUUCGAGACCUUGUCCAACCACUUUAUUGAGCUCAUUGUCCCCUUCUUUACUUUCCUGGGAAGACGGAUGUGCAUAGUGAAUGGAGCAAUUCAGAUUCUCUUUCAGGUGGUCUUGAUCUUGAGCGGAAACCUUAGUUUCCUGAACUGGCUCACAAUUGUUCCAAGUUUGGCCUGCUUUGAUGACGCGUCGCUGGGCUUCUUGUUUCGUUCCGGGUCUGGAGCCAAAAAGGUUGUGCUAGAGAUGCAGAAUGAGCACACAGCCAAGCGCACCCUCAAACCCACUAAAGGUAUUUUGAUACGUCAAGUGGUAAACAUUUCUUUGGGCGUUGUGAUUGGCUGUCUGAGCAUCCCUGUGGUGAUGAACCUGCUGAGUUCCCGGCAGGUGAUGAACACCUCCUUUGAUCCACUGCGCAUCGUCAACACCUACGGGGCCUUCGGCAGCAUCACGAAGGAGCGUACCGAGGUGGUUUUUCAGGGCACUCGCAGCGUAGAUCCCAAAGAUCCUGAGGCAGUUUGGGAGGAGUACCAGUUUUUCUGUAAGCCAGGAGAUGUGUACCGGCGACCCUGCCUCAUAUCGCCAUAUCACUACCGGCUGGACUGGCUCAUGUGGUUCGCUGCCUUCCAGACCUAUGAGCAGAGUGAGUGGGUGAUCCACAUAGCGGGACGUCUGCUGUCCAAUGACAGCACCGUCCUCUCACUGCUCGACCACAACCCCUUCCAAGGGAGAAACCCACCCAGGUGGGUCCGAGGAGAGCAUUUCAUAUACAAAUUCAGCCAGCCAGGCAGCACCAGCGCAGCAAACGGCAAGUGGUGGCUCAGAAAACGUAUCGGACCAUACUUCCCUCCUGUGGACCUGGAAUCACUACGAGGCUACUUCCAAUCCAGGAACUGGCCUCAUCCACACAUACCAGCAAACAGGAGCUAAUGCCGCAAAGUCUGGCAUGAGCUCAGACUACAGCAUCAAGAGGAAAUCUCUUUGGAAAAAGUCUGUUUCAGCUCCACAUUUCGUGUUGUUACAGUCACCAUGGAUGCCACCAUGUUUGAUGGGAAACUCCUUGAUGAAACCUUUCCUGUUGCUGAACAUCCCAAACAAUAUGACAGUUUGUGAAGUUUAAAUUUGAUAUUUAUCUCCAAUCAUCACAAAUAAGGUGCUUUACUGCUCAUCUUUGUCUUAUAAAACAGCUCAAAUACAUAAACAACUGAAAAUGAUUAUAGUCAAUAUUAUAGAGGACUGAGCCAUAAGGGUGUUGCACUACUACUGCAUUACUUGCUACUCCUGCAAAUUCUUUUACUUUUCUAAUAACAUAAUAAGCCUAAUAACAUUAGUCAGUUCUGACUAAAUGUUAUUCAUAAUUUUAGAUUAAUAAUAACAAUCUAUUUUUCCAAAGGGAAAAAGAUGCAGAGAUGAUGUCUUUGAACAUAUCUUGUUGGAAAAAUUCCAUGACAAACUGUAACACUAAGUCCAAAUAAUGAUGUGUAAAAUAAAAAAACUCAAUGAUGAUUCAGGAGACCAAAUAAAAAAAAAAAAAAAAAAAAGCUGGAAUUGUUUAUGUUAAAUAGCCGUGUGAAUGCAUUCUGCUGAACGAAUGCCACCUCCUGUGCUAAAAAAGCAGAAGUCUUGUUUAAUAAUAAAUGCAGAUACAGUUGAUAUGCCACUGAAAACUUUCAAAAUCACUGCUACAUUGUGUACACCAAUGCAUUUUCCACAGUCUUGAUCAAGUCAUUUGCUUAGUGAUGGUGUACAUUUCUCUGCAUGUAAGUCUUAGAAGACAAGCAAAGUCUUGAAAACGUGUAUUUAGGUCUGAGUUCUUUGUAAUGUAGGCACAGUAAAGUCACACAUUCUGAUAGCUGUUAGAAAUGGUGACCUCUGUUGUCUUGGCUACUUAGGGUUACAUGUUAGAAGAAUCCAGACUAAAAGAGGGGUGACCUAGGUCAUCAUUUCUGAUAUUAGAAUGUGUGACUUUACUGUACCUGCAUUAUAAUGAACUCAGACUUAAAUAAACGUUACACUCAUUUUUUUAUUAUUUUUUUUUUUUACAAGACUUCACUCGUCUGCAUGCAGAGUAAUGUAAACUGUCGCCCCCUGUGGUCACAGAUUCUGAUGGGUCACAAUUUUUGGUGUAACACCGCCUGGCUUGCUCAUGCGGAAGUACUCCUUUGUGAUUGGUCGGUUAGUGAUUACGUGCUUCCGGUUUCAGGAGCUUCUUGCCGAAUUUGUGUCGUUAGCGCGGAAGAGUAACUGCAGCACAAUAGUAGAGCACGCUUCACCGCCGUCAACGCGAGUAUAAAUCCAGUUUAAUAGUUAAGCUAAUUCGGCUUGCUAAUUUUGCUUUCCUUCUCUAAUUUCUGACAUGUAAGUUUGAAUGUUUUUAUUUUAAUUGUUAGCCAGUCGAGAUGUAAACUUAGAGUGCAUCGUAGAUUAUUUUGUCUUUCUGGUUUCACUGAAGCUUUGUAGGGUUACUUUUUUUAACCACGUGUUGUCCUUGUUCGCUUUUAGCUAACCUGCAUGUCUGUUGUGUUUUGGUGCACAGCCUAAGCAGUGUUGCCAACGUAGCGACUUUGUCGCUGUAUUUAGCGACAUUUCAGACCCAUCUAGCGAC